UCCCGGCCCCACGCCCCCACGCGACGUCCUCGGCCGGCUCCCCCUUCCCGUGUCACAGCGCCUCCUCCUCGCCGCCGCUGCCCCAUCCUCCCAUGGCGGAGAGGGCGCUCCCGCCACCCUAUCCCGUGGCACCCGAGCCGGCCGCCUCCUCCUCCUCCGCCGCCGCCUUCGGCUCCCCUCUCGACCCCGUCGCCGCGCCGGCCGUGCGCGCCGGACACCUCAAACCCCCGCCGGGCGGCACCUACGUCGUCCACGUCCAGAAGGACCAGGUCUACCGCGUCCCGCCCCCCGAGAACGCCUACCUCGCCGAGCGGUACCGCGCCGAGCGCGCGUCCGCCGGCAAGUCCUCCUGCGCCCCUUCCUCGUCCUCGUGCUCGCCCUGCCUCCUGCGCGCGCUCGGCGCCGCGGCAGCCGUGGCUCUCCUCCUUGCCGCGAUCGUCGCGCUCACUAUCGUCGUGCUGCGGCCUGACGCGCCCAGCUUCGCCGUGGACAGGUUCUCCGUCCGCAACGCCUCCUCGGCGCAGCGCAGCGCCCGCGUGGACUACGACUUCUUCCUGACGGCGGUCAACCCAAACAAUGUGACCGCGCUCUGGUACCGGCGCGGCGGCUCGGCCAGGCUGCGGCACCGCGGCACGGCGCUGGCGGAGGGCCACGUGGGCAGGGCCGAGGACGGCGGGGAGGACGCCACGGACUUCAAGGUGCUGCUGCGCGGCGGGGGGCAGCACUUGCCCAAGGCGGUGGAGAAGGGGCUCGCGGGGAACAAGGGCGCCGUGGCGUUGCACCUCGCCGUGGAGAUCCCCGUGCAGGUGCACGUGGGCGCGCUCGGGUUCGCGACCAGGAGGCUGGCUGUCUCGUGCGAGAUCAGCGCGGCCGGGCUGAGGAAGGACGUGCACAUUUCGUCCCAAAAUUGCAAGAGCAGGUUCGGGGACUGAUUGUUAUGACUGCGCGCGCCGGGACGAUAGCACUUCUUGUGCGCGCGUUGUGUGGAAUCGAUCUGAGGAUUGCAGAUUUGCAGCGGGCGGGCUCGCGGCCAGACUAGGCAGGGUGUGCGGUGGAUGUUGGCUCGCAGCAUGCCGUGUGUAAAUUGUGUCGUGGGUUGUGGCUCUUGACUGAGGUUAUUUCUGUACAUGUGUACAUUACUAAGCCAAAAUGUGGGGCUUGAUUUUGCUCAAAACAAAAAACAAAAUGGGACCUGGACCUUCCAUGGAUCA